AUGGAAUCGAAUAGAAGGAAUGCAGGAUACGGCGGAGUAGCAAUACUAAUUAGAGAAGAUGUGCAAUACGAAUUGGUCGACAUGGGUUGCUUCUUACCAGUCGAAGUGGUAGCAGUGAAAAUAAAGAAUAAUUUCGAUCCGAUCACACUCAUAUCAGUCUACGUACCACCGGACCGCGAUCAGAUACAGGAAGUGAAAGAGAAAAUAAGAAAGCUUUUCGAUGCCAUGGAAGUUAUCAAUGGAGAAAUUAUAGUUGGAGGAGAUUGGAAUGGCCACCAUGAAACAUGGGACCCCAAAGGGAAAACAUGCCCUAAAGGAGCGUUGAUAAAUACGCUGAUAGAAGCGUCUAAAUUGUACCUUCUCAACGACGGAACUCAUACAUGCCUCACCACCACAGACAGAAGAAGUUCAACGGUAGACCUCACCCUACAACAACGGGAACAGCAGUGA